GAGGAGGAAAGAGUUAUUGAAGUGAUCGGAGGUAGAUUAUGUUCGCUGUUUGGAGUUUUAGGGCCCUCUGAAAUAGUUUGUCAACUCUGCGCUGGGUAAUUUUUUACAGUCUUCCACGCUCCUCGGGCGCGUUCCAGAGUGCGGAGCCGCUAUAAAAAGAGAGCCACUGGCGGGGGUUGGGAGGAGCACCAUUCAGUCCUUUUUCUACUUUAGACGCGGACGGUGAUGCGCCAGCAGCUCCGCGCUCCUCUGAAGCCUUUCGGGACUCUUUGGUGAUACAAAUCGACUCGAUUCGACGGGCUGCGUUGACUUUAAUCGGACAUGGCCGAGGGAGACUUUUACACCGUGGGCGGGCGCCAGCGGUUCCCGCGGGACCCCUUCGGCGAGUCGAUGGCCUCGCGCUUCCUGGCCGAUGACGACUUCGGGUUACCGCCUUUCCCGGACGAUCUGUCCGCGGACUGGCCCGGCUGGGCGAGGCCGGGCCGGCUAAGCUCCCGCUUGAGCUCGGCGGCACCCUUCGGGAGCGGCCUGCGGGCGGCUUUCCCGGAACGCCGGCAGCGCCAGUCGGGAGUGGGGCCGACGCCGUACGCCGCCGGGCGUUACGGCGACCCGUCGCCGGGGAGCUCGCCCGGCGGUGGCGCGGCUGGGGAACCGUGGAAAGUGUGCGUCAAUGUCCACAGCUUCAAGGCCCACGAACUCAACAUCAGAACCAGGGAGGGAUUCGUAGAAGUCUCAGGAAAACACGAAGAGAAGCAAGAGGAAGGAGGAAUCGUCACCAAGAAUUUCACCAAGAAGAUCCAGAUCCCGACGGACGUGGACCCUCUGACGGUGUUCGCCUCGCUGUCGCCCGAGGGCGUGCUCAUCAUCGAGGCUCGCCAGACGCCGCCAUAUUACCUCUUCAGCGACGACGCGCCGCCGCCCGAAGAGGACGCGGACUCCGCCCCUAAGAUCCAGGAGGCGCCGGUGCAUUAAACAAACGCACUCUCUUUCUCCCCCCCCUUCGCCUCCACUCUCUUAGAUUCAACAAAAUGUUUUUUUUUUUCCACAUUGUUUAUGUUUGAUGAAAAAAUGUGAUAUUACGGUGUUGCACAUGAUUGCCCGAUUCCGUGACAUCAUGCAAAGAUGGAAGCACUGAACAUCGGAGAGGCUUUUGUACGUGAAUGACAAUUCCGUUGAUUUUGAACCCGAUUGAUUUGGGACUGAUCCAAGGAGGGGUUUUUGUUUUUCCCAUGAUCAGCCAUUGUAACAAGUACGCGGUUCUAAAUUUAUCUCCAUUUUUUUUGGGUGCCACACCAGAUUUAUUAUUUUUUUUUAAUUCCAAGAAGCCGAAGGUGGCCAGGGUCAAGGUCAAAUAGCCAUUUUCGACCUUCACCUUUUACUCAAUGUCAGCGCAAGAACCAGAUUGAUUUCCAAUCUUAACUUCACUUCAGAGAACCCCCAAAAUGUUUUCUUGUUGUUGUGUGUGCUAUUUUGUAAAUAGUCUUCACGUGGAAUCUUAAUCUGGAUUAUUCGUGUAAAGGAUUGUGUUUGCAUUGAUUUCUUUUGUAAUUGAGUUUGUUUCUGCUGCAAUAAAAUAUCCAUCUAUUUUCUCAAGCCGCUUAUCCUCACAAUGGUCGCUGGAGUGCCGGAGUUUAUCCCAGUUGCCAUAUUGGACACUCUAAAUUGCGUCUAAAAGUGUGAUUGUGACUGUUGUUUGUCUCCAUGUGCCCUGCGAUUGGCUGGCAACCAGUUCAGGGUGUACCCCGCCUCCUGCCCGUUGACAGCUGGGAUUGGCUCCAGCGCUCCCCGUGACCCUCGUGAGGAUAAGCGGCAAGAGAAAAUGGAUGAAUGGAUUGAACGAGAUUACGAUUUAAUGAGUGGGUGACUGAUAGCGGCGUCCCUCCGCUUCACAUUCAAUCAUUCCGCUUUGGACUCCGUCGUCUACGCCGCGACAUUUUUCCAAAUCUGGGAAUAAGUUGUCGCCGCGGCUGCUUAUCCGCCGUCCCCAUGACGACGGCGGGCGCCGGCGGCUGUGUUUCCCGUCUCCUCAAUUCACCUGCGAAGAUAAACAAGGCGAUUUGUUCGUCUCGCACCUUCCAUUUAUUAGCAGAUCCGCUUUUCAGAGGCCCCGCUGGAGCUUUUCGGGACACGACGACAUGACAUGGGACCGCGCACGUGCCUUUGUGCGCCAAUGCUUUCUUCCCAGGUGCGAGUACACAGUCGUACUACGUGAGUAUGUAAUACGACCGUGUCCCACUCCAACGCCAAGGAGAGAUUUGCUGCAAAUGAACUCAUUCAGACGGCACGGUGGCGCACUUGGUUUGAGCGUCGGCCUCACACUUGUGAGGACAAAGGUUCAAAUCCUAGCCCCGCCAGUGUUGAGUUUGCAUGUUCUCCCCGUGCGUUGCCGGCUUUUCUCCGGGCAAUCCGGUUUCCUCCCCAAAAACUCGCAUUAAUUGGAGACGCUAAAUUGCCCAUAGCUGUCAUUGUGCCCUGCGAUUGACUGGCAACCAGUUCAGGGUGUCCCCUGCCUUGCCUUGUGAGGAUAAGCGGCUAAGAAAAUGGGUGGACUGAUGGAUGGAAACUUUUUAAAUGUCACAUCUUUCGCAGUUCUUGGGUCCUGCUUUCAGAACUAGUUUUUCCUCACAAAAAGAACAGCAGAAACUCUUUCCAAACUAGUUUUGAUUUGAUGGGGAAUAUUCAAAUAUUUGAAUACGGGCUCUGUUUCAAUUCAGGGUCGGACUCCAAAUCCCGAUCCGGUUC